UCCUCCACUACGGCGUGCCUCGUAAUCCGAAAGUGGUUUUGGCACGUAAAACCCGAUAAUUGAAUUAAUUUAAUAAAAUUCGCUCCAUGCAGGUGCUGGAAUACAUGGACGCCAUAGUGGACAAGCGCGUGGCACCUUGCCGCGACUUUUACCAUCACGUUUGCGGCCGCUGGAUCCGAGACGAGUCGUCGCCGACGCCAGCGCCGCCACCGUCGUCAUUCAUGGCGGAUGUGCUUCGCAACUACACUGCCCUGAGGCACCGGAAGAUGAUGGCGCGACACGAUUGGAAGGAACCUGCCGAUUACGUUUCCCACUACUACCACGGCUGCGUCGCCUACUUGUACGAAAAGCGGAGCCUUGGGGAAAUCUUGGACGAACUCUUCAAGGUGACGGACAUAAAGCCUCACUUGUGGCUGAACAUGACCUCCGACGAAGAAUUCACCCAUUUGCUCCGCCUUUCUUAUGUUUACCGCGUUCAUGGCCUGGUCAACGUCACUGUUGCGAAGGACGGCAACUACACCCUAUUCGAAGUGCACAGGGUGGCCUCCUUCAAGGGACGCUUCCGAAACAUCGGUAAAGACAGCAGCAGUGGCCUCUACCUCGAAUCAGUGUUAAAAGCCAUCGGUCACGACGAUGUUAAUGACACUGUCAUCGAGGACUGCCUCUCUCUCGACGAUAGCAUCGCACGCCUGGAAAAUUACGGUUCUAAACCGCUGCCUAUUUCCGCGAGCCAGUGCGCAGAUUUCCCGCCGCAAAAAUGGAUUACAGUGACGAACUCUUUCGAAGGCUUGGAAAAGCUGCCAAGUGACACAAGGGUCAUCGCUGCGGGAUACAACGACACCUGCCGCAACCUAAGAUCAGCGCUCCUCAGCCAAGUGCCGCAAGUGAGGGUCUUCUACCCCGUAGCUUUGCUGGCGGCCAACUUUCUGAAGCUCGACUUCAUGAUCGCCUCGGGAUCGGAGCACGACCGGAAGCUGGUCGAGGACGUCUGCCACGCGGAUACGUGGACCACCUUCGGGCUCCUCUUCGCGGAAUCGCUCACGAAAGUGCUGUCCGUAUCGCCGACAGCCGCACAGACCGUGGAAACCUACUUCUCGGCCCUCAAGGCGGCGAUCGGGGACGAGGCCGACGUGCUGGGCGCGUGGAUGACCGAUGAGGACAGACGCGCCACGGUUGCCAGGGCGAGAGCCCUCCAAGUCACCGCCUUCGGCGCCCGCUCUUCCCUCUCCGAGAACGAGGUUGGUGGAUCCAGGUUCGACGCGGCUUUUGGCAUGCGCAAGGGCCACUGGAUCUACAACAAGAUGGCCGUAAUGAAGAGGACGAGGAUCGCCGACGACGUCGACUCGUUCUCGCGCGAGCCGGCGUUCUCCGGAGGCCACGUGGGCCGGUACGAGACCGAGCUCUCGGCCGACGCGAAUCGGAACUUGGUCUCCGUGCCGUACAUGUUCGCCCUGCCUCCGGUGUUUUUCGACGACGUGCCAGAGGCCAGCUACGCGAAUAUCGCGCUGCUGGGCGUCCAGAUGGCGCGACAGGCGCUGCGACUGCUCGUUGACGGGGCGGUCGCCUCGGCGUCGUGGUCGAAGCAAACGAUGGCCGCUUACGAGGAGCUGAAGAAGUGCUACGCGAACUCAUCGUUCGCCUUCCACGGGCAGCUGGACGACGAACAGUUCGGCGACGCCAUCGCGACGGCCUUGGCAAUCCGCUACGCCUUCUUGUCCAGGAUGGAAAUGACCUUGCCUUCCGACGACGAUCGAUUCUCUUCGAAGCAGCUGUUCUUUCGACGGGCGUGCCUGUCGUUCUGCGCCGGCGGAAAGCAACGUGCGGACUUCAAUUCCUUGGACCGAGACACUGCCUCGGCAUCUUGCACGCUCGGUGUGUCCAGCAUGCCAGCGUUUCACGAAACGUUCGGUUGCACCCGUGCCGAUCCAAUGGCGCUACCUCGAAUGUGCAAAAUGUAGUUUUUUUUUUUGUACACACGAUGCGUUGCUAAAGUUGCUGGCGCCACCCUGCCUUUUUUUUUAUUCGCUUGUUCGUCAGCGCGUGUGCGUGGUGCUUGUUUUUUAAAGACGUUUCUGACAUUUACAUUUGCUCUUUGAAUAUUGCGAGUAUACGUCUUAGCAAUUCUAGACACCAUAAAUCUCCGAAACGCAAAGAAAAACACGUUGGCCACUUUCCAUAGCGAUCUAGGAUAAUUGGGCAACGACAAUAUGCUUUGCCAAAAGUGUGCUUGUGAAUGACAUGCGUGUUUCAUUUGCCUGCUUUCUUAACUAUCAAAAACAAGGU